UAAACGACACCUACGGUUGCAAUCAGUGCUGCCAAUCGCCGCUAUAAAUAGCUAUAAACAGUAAAGAUUGGCAGCACUGGUUAUGGUUAGGCUAGUAGGAUUACACCUCCAAUACCAAGGCUGUAGGUGUCAUACCAGCUUAAGUAAACAUUGGGCGCGCUACACAAUGAAUUUCAAUGGAAUAAAUAUACCCCAAAAGCUGGUGCCGCACAACUAUUUGCAGCUGGGAUUGGCGGCGCAGCGAGGCAGGCAGCGCCAACUCAAAGAACUGCUGGAAAAGCGAAAAUUGCCAGAGCAUGGUUGGCGGGAUGAGGAGAUCGAGGAGCUGGUGCACCAGCUGGCCGCAUUGGACAGCAACAAUUUCGCACACAAUGUGGGCCUCGGCGAGCGGGAGGCGCGCAUUGCGUGCAAGCUCGUGGCGCGGCGCCAUUACAACUUUGGCCAUGGCAUCGGGCGCUCUGGAGAUCUGCUGGAGGCACAGCCGAAGGCCGCCGGCUCCACGCUGCUGGCCAGUCUGACAAACGCACUGCUGCUGGAUCUGAUGAAGAUGCUUGGCCUGCAAAGCUGUCGCGGCUGCUUUCUGGUGCCCCUGGCGACGGGCAUGACGUUGACCUUGUGCCUGCAGGCGCUGCGCAAGCGCCGACCAAAUGCCAAAUAUGUGCUCUGGUCACGCAUCGAUCAGAAGUCCUGCUUUAAGGCCAUCACCGCCGCCGGCCUGCAGCCCAUUGUUAUACCCGUCCAGGUGCUGGCGCACGAGUGCACCUUGGUCACAGAUUGCGGCCAGUUCGAGCAGCGCAUCCGGGAACUGGGCGCUGCUAAUAUACUCUGUUUGUACAGCACAACCAGCUGCUUUGCACCGCGCAACUGUGACAGCGUUGUUGAACUGGCAAAGCUGGCCAAAAGCGCGGCUGUGCCGCAUCUGGUCAACAAUGCGUAUGGACUUCAGUGCGAGGACAUCACGGGCCAGUUGGAGCGUGCCCAGCGCGUGGGACGCAUUGAUUACGUUGUCCAGAGCACGGACAAGAAUCUUCUAGUGCCUGUGGGCGGCGCCAUUGUGGCCAGCUGCGAUGAGCAGCUGCUGCAGCAUCUGGCCAGCAGCUAUGCAGGUCGCGCCAGCAGCUCCCAGACACUGGACGUAUUCAUGACGCUCCUCUCACUGGGACGCAGCGGCUACCAGGCUCUGCUACGAGAACGCCGGCAAAAUUUUCAAUAUCUCAAACAGCGGCUGCAACAAUUUGCGGCAGAGCACGGCGAAAUCGUGCCACAGAGCACAUUUAAUCAGAUAUCCCUGGCGCUCACCGUGAGCACACUGAGACGUCUUGGUGAGGAGGAGCACAGCGUGACCCAACUGGGCGCCAUGCUACACUCGCGCGGCGUGUCCGGUGUGCGAGUGGUGCCCGUUGGUCAGACCAAAUCCAUCGAUGGCUACGAAUUUAAGCAUUUUGGUUCGCAUCAUGAGCUGAUGGAGAUGCCGUAUUUAACUGUGGCCGCAGCUCUGGGCAUCCGUCGCCCGGAAAUCGACAAGUUUUUUGAGAUCUUGGACAAAUGCUGGACACUGCUCAAAAAGGCACCUGCUUAGCUUAGUUGGACUGUUGGAA